AAACAUCUGGCAGCUGGAAUCUGACAUGCCGUUGCGGCCAUAAAAUCCCAAUAUGUAACAGCUUGAGCAAUCAACGAUCAGAAUCAAACCAUCUCAAAUGGGCCUAUCAGUCUCUUCAUCAUACCUUGCUCUGAUCUCUCUCCUCUUUCUCUCAGCUUCCUCCACUGUUUCAAUCCCCAUCCAAAACAACUUCCUUCAAUGCCUUUCCUCCCAUUUUCCAACUCCCUCCACAGCUUCCCAACUCAUCUACACUCCAAACACCUCUUCCUACAUCUCAACCCUCCAAUCUUCCAUCCAAAACCUCAGAUUCCUAGGCCCCACAACCCCAAAACCUCUCUUCAUCAUCACACCCACAAAUGCAUCCCACAUCCAAGCAUCCAUCAUCUGCUCCAAAACCCAUGCCCUGAACAUCAGAAUCAGAAGCGGCGGCCACGACUACGAAGGGCUAUCCUACCUCUCUCUCCCCAAUCAACCGUUCAUCAUCCUCGAUCUCGUCAAUCUCCACUCGAUCACCGUCGAUCUUGCAGAAAGCACGGCAUGGGUCCAAUCUGGAGCAACACUCGGCGAACUCUACUACACGAUCGCGCAAAAGAGCGGCUCUCAUGGCUUCCCGGCUGGGCUCUGCCCCACCGUCGGCGUCGGCGGCCACAUCAGCGGUGGCGGGAUUGGGACCAUGAUGAGAAAAUACGGCCUGGCGGCUGAUAACGUCGUCGAUGCCUAUUUGAUCGACGCCGAUGGACGGAUCCAUGAUCGGAAAUCCAUGGGUGAGGAUCUGUUCUGGGCCAUCAGAGGCGGUGGAGCGUCCAGCUUCGGUGUAAUUCUCUCAUGGAAGAUCAGGUUAGUGUAUGUCCCACCUACUGUGACUGUUUUCACCGUCCAAAAAAGCUUAGAACAAGGUGCAAUCAAGCUUGUGGAAAGAUGGCAACAGAUUGCAUACAAAUUCAAUGAAAAUCUCUUCAUCAGAGUAGCCAUCAAACCAUCCAAUGAAGUGGGCCCAAGAUCAAGGACAUUACAAGUUGAAUUCAACUCCUUGUUUCUUGGGACUGUGGAAGAACUCCUACCAUUGAUGGGAGAGAGUUUUCCUGAAUUGGGUUUGAAGGUAAAUGACUGUUUGGGAAUGUCAUGGAUUCAAUCAGUCUUGUAUUUUGCUGGAUACCCAUAUGGAAAAUCUGAUCCGAUUGAGGUUCUUUUGGAUCGAAAUCGGAGAAAAAAGAACUUUUUCAAGGGAAAAUCUGACUUUCUGGAAGAACCCAUUUCUCAAUUUGGGCUAGAGAUGAUCUGGGAGAGGUUUAUGGAGGAGGAGAAUGUGUUGAUGAUCAUAGAUCCUUUGGGUGGGAGGAUGGAUGAGAUUUCAACGGCUGAGAUUGCUUUCCCAUAUAGGAGAGGGUAUCUGUAUAAUAUACAGUAUAGGGUGAGUUGGAAUGGUGUAGGAGAGGAUAAGAGAUGUGUGGAUUGGAUUAGGAGAUUGUACGGAUAUGUGGGCCCACAUGUUUCAAAGAAUCCAAGGGCUGCAUAUAUCAACUACAGGGAUCUUGAUUUGGGUGGGAAUGGGAAAGGUAAUUUCAGCUACUCUGAUGCUCUGGAGUGGGGCAGGAGAUAUUUCAACGGUAACUUUUUGAGAUUGGCACGCGUGAAGGGUGUGGUGGACCCCACCAAUUUCUUUAGGGAUGAACAGAGUAUUCCACCUAUUUUUUAACGGUUAGAUGCUGUUUUAUAUCAAAAGGUGUGGUUGUCUGUGCUGUUGACUGA